CAUUCGGCGGACGCGAACAGUCGAAGUUCGCGCGAACUAGUUCGCCGGCGAACAGUUCGCUACAUCCCUAUCUGGAAAUAAAUUUUCCUAUUUCAUGAUGAAAACCCACACUUUACUCCAUGAAAGGAAACCUUCUGUGUAUCAGUUACAAUCUGAGUUCAGUAAUGAGGGAUAUCGCAAGUACAAUUUAGGGCAGAAACAUGUAGGGACACCAAACAAAGUGGCAUUAUUAGUGGGGGCUACAGGCUCAGGGAAAACAACACUGAUCAAUGGAAUGUGCAACUACAUCUUGGGAGUGGACUGGAAAGACGACUUUAGAUUCAAACUUGUAGAUGAAGUUACUAACCAGUCUGAAGCUCACAGUCAAACAUCUGAAGUCACAGCCUAUGUCAUUAACCAUAAUGAAGAAUACAGAAUUCCUUAUUCCCUCACCCUGAUAGACACCCCAGGAUUUGGUGACACUCGGGGGAUAGACCAGGAUAAAAAGAUCACAGCAGCUAUUGACAGAUUUUUUUCAAGUGACAAUGGCAUUGACCAGAUUGAUGCCGUGUGCUUUGUAGUUCAGUCCUCUUUGGCUCGUCUCACUCACACUCAGAAAUACAUCUUUAAUGCUGUUUUUUCUAUUUUUGGAAAGGAUAUUAAGGACAACAUAAUGAUUCUGAUUAACUUCUCAGAUGGGGAAAGACCCCCAGUUCUAGAUGCAAUUACAACAGCUGAGAUUCCCUGCCCUCUGGGCCAGAACAGGGACCCAGUUCACUUUAAGUUCAAUAACUCAGCCCUGUUUGCUGAUAACCAGACAACCAAUAGCCGUUUCAAUCAAAUGUUCUGGACCAUGGGGGCAGAAAGCAUGAAGACAUUUUUCCAAUCCAUGAAUGAAAAGGAAGCCAAAAGUCUUAGACUGACCAAGGAGGUUCUAAAGGAACGAAAACAGUUGGAGAUUUACCUUCAGGCAUUACAGCCACAAAUUAAAGCCGGCCUGCUGAAAUUAGAAGAACUAAGGAAAACAGAAAUGGCUUUGCAGCAGAACAAGGAUCUUAUGGAGGCAAAUAAGAAUUUUGAAUAUGAAGUAGAUAUAAAUAUUUCUGUAAAGGAGGAAGUACAUGGUCACUAUAUUACCAACUGUGCAAAAUGCCAUUUUACUUGCCAUGAUAACUGUGCUUACGCUAAUGAUGAGGACAAAAUUCGCUGUUCAUCAAUGUCAAAUGGAAAUUGCACUGCAUGCCCAGGCAAAUGCAUCUGGAGUGUUCAUCACAAUCAAAAAUACAAGUUCAGUUAUACAACAAAAAAAGAGAAAAGGACCUACGAAGAGCUGAAAACAAAGUAUCAAACGGCUUCUGGGGAGAAAAUGAAUGCAGAAAAAAUAUUCCAAAUACUUGAGGAUGAUUACGGUAAUGUACAAGCUGCUGUGCUGGAACUUAUUGACAAAUCAUCUGAGAGCCUGAAGCGUCUGGAAGUAAUUGCCCUCAGACCCAAUCCACUGACCACCACUGAAUACAUUGAUCUGAUGAUACAGAGUGAGGAACAAGAAGCCAAACCUGGGUUUCAGGAGAGGAUCCAAUCCCUGAGGUCAGUGAGAGAACAUGCAGAGAUGAUCAGGAAGAUCAUCAGAGGGGAGACACUACUCCCAGAACAGAUGAAAAAUCGACAGCAGUCAAGAACUAGGAUGAAAAAAGGCCAAUCCAAGCUUCAGGCUUUUAAGGACAGGUCACAAAAUUUGAAAGAAACGAUUUCCUCUUUCUUUUUUUCCUAAAAUCUAUCAAACUAUCAAAUGUGGAAGUCAUUUAUAUUCCCAUUCACAUCAGAGGGGGAGUGGCUGUACAUAUCCUAUAUACUGAGUCUCUAAAGAAUAGAAUUUCCUUACCCACUGUAUACUGAACUUUCACUUAACAAACUAGUAAACCCCAUGGUAGAGACUUAGAACUGCAGACCUGGACAUUUAUCUGUCACUCCCAGCUGAAGGUGCCCAGGAUUCUUCUCUUGGGCAAACACAAGCCUUAAAUGGACUCUAACCCCUGCUGCACGGCUCAACCAAACUUUACUCAGUUGUUUCUGGACUACAAAUCCCAGAAUACGUUAACAUAUCAAGGAUGAAGCAUACUGGGAGCUGUAGUCCAGCAACAUCAGGGUUGUAUUCUUAAAGCAAUAUUGUACAGUAAAACUCUCCUCCAGCUCUUCAGGGCCCAGGGCAGCAUUUAAAUGCAAAAUAAUCCUCCAAUGAGAAUCACAGCUGAUGUGAGUAACUCUGGCUCCAUGUUGUUUGUUCUGCAACUGGAGUUGGAAACAUUAAGCCCAGUUUCACUGAACAAGUCUGUCCUUUAUCCCCAUGUCUCAGUCCAGUGUCAUAUAAUGAAACAAAUAUAUAAUUAUCUGUGUAUGUGAGAUAAGAGCAAGAUGUCUGACAUGUGCUGGGAAUCAGCAUUCU